AUGAUUAAAAGGAAAUACAAUUUGAAAUACUGUUGUGAUGAUAUUUGUAUAUAUCCAAGUAGCACACUACUAAACAGCAACUGGGAUAAAUUCAGUCACAGUUUUGGCUUAACAGCCAUUUCAACAUACCAACUUAAAAUCAACAAGAGCAUUGACAGGAUAGAUGAUGAGAGUAAAAAUCAUGGUGGAAACUGUGAAAGAAAUGAACAAAAAAAAAAAGGCAAAGUGUACUUUUAUAGACUGGAGGAAAAUAUAACUGACGAUGGAAACUACUAUGAAAUUAACCCCCGCUUGACAUACGACAGCAACAUAAACUUUCGUAGCGGCGUUCUGCAGUCGAAUUACCUAUUCACCCACGAUAGUAUAAUCUUAGGAAGUGUAUGUGUUAACGGUUUUCAUGUGUCCAGCUUGAAGGACAAAACUAAUAAUCUUGUGUUUGCAACAUUGGAUGAAAAAAACAAUUCAGGCCUAUCCUUUGACGCUUUCGAUGGAAAACCUGAAAAAGUGUGCGUUUCCUUCAGCAAUGGGGAUGUCUGCUUUCUCGUUGACGGGAAAGAAAGCAAGUUGUGGAGGGCUCAUGAAUAUCACGUAUGGACAUGCACAUUUAACGGAAACGAAAAUGUAGUAACAACAGGAUCUGAUGAUUGUUCCUUUGUAAUUUGGGAUUUAAGAACAGCGACACAUUCUACAAAAAAUAAAAAAUCCCAUUCUCAAGGUGUCACGGCAGUUAAAUUCGACAGUUUCAGUCAGCACUUAUACACGGGAUCGUAUGACAACAAGAUUCGCGUUUUCGAUGCACGAAACUUCCAAGACCCUUUUCAAACUGUGGACGUGAAGUCUAGCAUAUGGAGGAUUAAAUUAUUAUACAAAGGCACAGAGGUGUAUAAACUCCUAGUUGCUGCGUGUGACGGAGGGGCACGGAUAUUUAAGAAGAAGGACGAUGAAUUCAUUUUUCAUAAAGGAGUGAUCAAUGAUAAUGAGCUGACAUAUGGAGUUGAUACCAUUGACCUUUUUGAUGAGAAAAGAAAAAAAAAAAAAAAAAUCUAUCUAUCUUGUUCUUUUUAUAAUAAGGAAGUUCAAAUGUGGUUUUAA